ACAAGGCGUGCAGAGCUCCAAUCACCAGCAUCAUGCUCCUUGGGCUUGGAUCCUAGAUCCCCCUCGUUAAACACUGGUAAUAGCUGCUCUGGCCUUCAGCAUCCCACGCUGACAGACUGACAGAAAGAAAGAGGCAGAACAGGAAAAAGGAGGAAAAGAAAACCUGCAGCCAAGUGGACUAAAGCAGCAAAGAGCGAGGGGAAAAGGUGCUUUCCUUACACCGCUGCAAAGUGGGAAUUUAAAGAACUGCAGAGAGAGAAAUCCCAGCUCCCCGCCACACACACAGCGCAGAAUUAUAGCGCCAGGUAGAAAUGACAUCAACGGGGAAAGAAGGCAGCGGAGCUCAACAUGCACAAUAUGUUGGACCCUAUCGCCUGGAGAAAACCUUGGGCAAGGGACAGACAGGGCUUGUGAAGUUGGGGGUUCACUGUGUAACAUGUCAAAAGGUCGCAAUAAAAAUUGUCAACAGAGAGAAGCUCAGCGAGUCGGUGCUAAUGAAGGUGGAGCGGGAAAUAGCUAUCCUGAAGUUGAUAGAACACCCCCACGUUUUAAAGCUGCAUGACGUUUAUGAAAAUAAAAAAUAUUUAUAUUUGGUGCUAGAACAUGUGUCAGGUGGGGAGCUCUUCGACUAUCUCGUAAAAAAGGGAAGAUUAACACCAAAAGAAGCCAGGAAGUUCUUCCGACAAAUCAUCUCUGCUUUAGACUUCUGCCAUAGUCAUUCAAUAUGCCACAGGGAUUUAAAACCAGAAAACCUACUGCUGGAUGAAAAGAACAAUAUCCGUAUAGCAGACUUUGGAAUGGCAUCACUGCAGGUCGGGGACAGCUUGUUAGAAACCAGCUGUGGGUCGCCACAUUAUGCCUGCCCUGAAGUGAUUCGGGGAGAAAAAUACGAUGGGAGGAAAGCGGAUGUCUGGAGCUGUGGAGUCAUUUUAUUUGCAUUGUUAGUGGGUGCCCUGCCAUUUGACGACGACAAUUUGCGGCAGUUGUUGGAGAAGGUGAAGCGGGGUGUGUUCCACAUGCCACAUUUCAUCCCUCCAGACUGUCAGAACCUCUUGCGGGGGAUGAUUGAAGUGGACGCCUCGAAACGUCUCACGCUAGAACACAUUCAGAAACACAUAUGGUAUAUAGGGGGUAAGAAUGAACCAGAACCGGAACAACCAAUUCCUCGAAAGGUGCAGAUUCGUUCUCUCCCUUCCCUGGAGGACAUUGAUCCAGACGUGUUAGACAGCAUGCACUCGUUAGGCUGCUUCCGCGACCGAAAUAAACUCUUACAGGACCUGUUGUCGGAAGAAGAAAACCAAGAGAAAAUGAUUUAUUUUCUUCUCCUUGAUCGGAAAGAGAGGUAUCCCAGUCAUGAGGAUGAGGACCUGCCCCCUCGGAAUGAAAUAGAUCCCCCCAGGAAGCGUGUGGACUCCCCAAUGCUGAACCGGCAUGGGAAGCGGCGGCCAGAAAGGAAGUCAAUGGAGGUUCUCAGUGUGACAGAUGGAGGUUCCCCGGUCCCAGCUCGCAGAGCUAUUGAAAUGGCACAGCACGGACAGAGUAAAACAAUGUUCAGUAAAAGCCUGGAUAUCUCUGAAGCCAAUCCCAAAUUCAACAAAGAAGAAAGGAUGGCGAGUGCUGAUGCAUUGGGGUCUCGGUCGAUCAGCGGAGCUUCAUCUGGUCUCUCCACCAGCCCCCUCAGCAGUCCAAGGGUCACCCCUCACCCCUCUCCAAGGGGAAGUCCCCUCCCUACCCCCAAGGGGACACCCGUCCAUACGCCAAAGGAGAGCCCAGCAGGCACACCCAACCCAACGCCACCAUCCAGCCCCAGCAUUGGAGGAAUGCCCUGGAGGACACGGCUCAACUCAAUCAAGAACAGCUUCCUGGGGUCUCCUCGAUUCCAUCGCCGGAAAUUGCAAGUACCUACACCAGAGGAGAUGUCCAAUUUAACCCCGGAAUCUUCCCCAGAGCUUGCCAAAAAAUCCUGGUUUGGUAACUUUAUCAACCUGGAGAAAGAAGAACAGAUCUUUGUGGUCAUUAAAGAUAAACCGCUAAGCUCCAUCAAGGCUGACAUUGUGCACGCUUUCCUUUCGAUUCCCAGCCUCAGUCACAGCGUCAUCUCACAGACAAGUUUCCGUGCAGAGUACAAGUCCACAGGGGGUCCCGCUGUCUUCCAGAAGCCAGUGAAGUUCCAAGUGGACAUAACAUACACAGAAGGGGGCGAGGCACAGAAGGAGAAUGGGAUCUACUCAGUCACUUUCACGCUCUUAUCAGGUCCAAGCCGUCGCUUCAAGAGGGUAGUAGAAACCAUUCAGGCACAGUUGCUAAGCACACAUGACCAGCCUUCAGUGCAGCAGUUAUCAGACACCACUAACUGUGUGGAGUUGAUGACUGGCAGACUUUCCAAAUGUGGCAGCCCAUUGAGUAACUUCUUUGACGUAAUUAAACAACUUUUUUCAGACGAGAAGAACGGGCAGGAAUUAUCCCGAAAAGUUAACAUGUCAGCCACGGCUUCACCUUCUGUGCUCUGCGGACACUUGUUGACGGAAGGAAACCGAUGUAGACUGUCCAAGGACCAGUCCUGUUUGAGGUUCCCAGCCUCCCCCUCUGCCCCCAGGAAAUGGGUUUCUCCCCUACCUCCUCCCAAACACCUCCCCAACAUACAGUUUUUCUCUUUUUCUUUUUGGUGCUCCACGAGGGAGAGCUGCUCAGUAAUGGAAUUGCACAACCUGGGCUGGAAGCAGGUUGCAAAUGUUGGAGCAACACCAUUGUCCUUGACAACAUUCGUCUGUGCAGGUGAACUCAGACUUGCAGGGGGAAGGGGGCAAGAAACAAGGGGAAAUGUAACCAUGAAACCAGGGAGCACUCUCAGCCAAAACCACCAAGGAGUGAGCAAAAGCUAAGCAUCGAACCAAGACAAUAUUGGGGAGUUUCACUGUGGGAUUUUCUCCAACUCCUUUUUCCUCCCUGUGCCCACCCUUUCCUUUUUUUUUUUUUUAAUUGUGUUUGUUUUUUAUACUCUUAUCAUUUUGCUUUUUGACCUGCUGGAGAGGGAGGGAAUCCUCUCAUGGGGGUUGGGGGAAUGAACAAACACAAAAACAAACAAACAUUCAAACUUAGGGAAAAGGCAACAUAUGGCAGCAAAAGGGGCGGGAAAGGAUUCUGCCUAGCUGAGAACAGUCUCUCUUGUCACCAACUGCCGUUGCCGCUGCUGCUGCUCCUUCUUCAUCUUCCUCCUCACUCUUCAACUCCUGCCUACCACGCUGCCGUGUUGGGACCUUCUUCCACCGUUUGGAUCCUCCAACACACCAUGCGUUUGGAUGCAAUUGUCGUGUCGCUCGUGCUGCAUCAAUAUCAGUAUUAUUAUUUAUUUGCUGGUUUUGAUUUAUGUAUUUAUUUGAUUUAUUGGGUUUUUCAACAAACAGAAGAAGAAGAAAAGAGGAUAAUUUUGGUUUUUUUUCCAUGUGUGUGCAUGUGCAUACCACUGGCACUUCGUUCAUCUGAGUCAGACGAGGAGUCAGUGCUAUGGGCAAGUGAAUCACGAAGCUACUGUAAACUUUAAAAAUUACUGCAAGAUAUUUUUAUAAACCUUUUUUUUUUGA